AUGUUGCUCAGUGGAUGCAGCCCGAAAAUCUCACAUCCAGCAGCAAGAAGGUCUAUAAAAAUACUUUCAGAGUGGUUCACCAAAAACAAUUUCAUUGGCCUGGUCGCAGAAGAAAUUUUGUCCAGGAAAAUAUUACAUUUCUCAGAGAACUGCAAACCACACUACAGGAGAAGAAGACCGCUGCAAAGGUGCGAACUCGACGUAAAGCUCAGAAUCAAAGAUCCUCAAAAUCAUCGAAAGUGGGCGCCUCACCAAGAGGUCGCAAACAACGUGCUCAAACUGGUAAACACUCAGCUCGAAAGGGGAAAAAUUCACCUAAAUUUGAGCCAUAUGAGACUGAUGACAAUGUGGGGAACAUUGACAUCAAACUUACUACAGAGGAACAACUUUUACUGAAAGGCUAUGGGUCACUAGCAACACAAUCUAAUACUGAUUUAUUAUCAAAUUUGUCAUCCACAGAUCAUG